AUGGCGUCGCUGCCUCCCCCGCCUCCUCCAGGAUGGGGCGCAUCAGCUCCUCCCUCGAUGCCUUUGGCGCCGCCGCCGCCCGGAUACCAACCUCCAGCAGAUCCUAACGUCGCAAAGUUUGCCCAGAAGAAGAAUGAGUGGUUGCGGACGCAGCGCAAUCGGUUCGGAGAGAAACGCAAGGGUGGAUUCGUCGAGACGCAAAAGGCGGACAUGCCCCCGGAGCAUCUGCGAAAGAUUGUCAGAGACAUCGGCGAUGUAUCGCAAAAGAAGUUCAGCAACGAGAAGCGUAGCUACCUGGGCGCUCUCAAGUUCAUGCCCCACGCUGUUUUGAAGCUGCUGGAGAACAUGCCCAUGCCUUGGGAGUCGGCUCGCGAGGUCAAGGUACUAUAUCACGUCAAUGGUUGCUUGACACUGGUGAACGAGACACCGAGGGUUAUUGAACCGGUCUUCCAUGCACAGUGGGCAACAAUGUGGGUGUGUAUGAGACGAGAAAAGAGCGACCGCAGACACUUCAAGCGUAUGCGCUUCCCCCCCUUCGAUGACGAGGAACCUCCACUGUCGUGGUCGGAAAAUAUCGAAGAUGUUGAGCCUCUGGAGCCGGUUCAGAUGGAACUCGAUGAGUCUGAAGAUGGCCCCGUGUACGAAUGGCUCUACGAUCACCGACCACUUCUCGAUACCCCCCAUGUCAACGGGCCAAGCUAUAAGAGUUGGAACUUGACACUCCCACAGAUGGCUACUCUUUACCGACUAAGUCAUCAGCUGCUGAGUGAUGUCGUUGACAAAAAUUACUUUUACAUGUUUGAUCUCAACAGUUUCUUCACGGCAAAGGCCCUGAAUGUCGCCAUUCCUGGUGGCCCGCGCUUUGAGCCUCUUUACAAAGAUAUCGACCCCAAUGACGAGGACUUUAGCGAAUUCAAUGCCAUCGAUCGCAUCAUCUUCCGAGCCCCCAUCCGGACGGAGUACAGAGUCGCCUUCCCUUUCUUGUAUAAUACCCUUCCAAGGAGCGUGUCCGUUUCUUGGUAUUCUUACCCUCAGGUUGUCUACGUCCGAACCGAUGAUCCCAACCUCCCCGCUUUCUACUUCGACCCCGUGAUCAAUCCUAUCUCAUCGCGAUCUGUUGCUCCCAAGAACAUCACGGUCAGUCAUGAGGACGAGAUUUUUGGACCGGGAAACAACGAAGAUGACCUUUUCGAACUUCCCGCUGAAGUCGAGCCGUUCUUCGCAGAUGAGGAACUCUACACACCUGAUACCGCAUCGGCCAUAGCCCUUUGGUGGGCUCCCCAUCCGUUCAACAAGAGGUCAGGAAAGAUGGUGCGCGCGCAGGACGUGCCACUCGUCAAACAGUGGUACCUGGAACACUGUCCCCAGGGCCAGCCCGUUAAAGUUAGAGUUUCGUACCAAAAGCUUCUGAAGACUUACGUGCUCAACGAGUUGCAUAAGAAGAAGCCUAAGGCUCAGAACAAGCAGAAUCUUUUGAAGACCUUGAAGUCCACCAAAUUCUUCCAGCAGACAACAAUCGACUGGGUUGAAGCCGGUCUUCAAGUUUGCCGUCAGGGAUUUAACAUGUUGAAUCUGCUGAUCCACCGCAAGAAUUUGACCUAUCUCCAUCUCGAUUAUAACUUCAACCUGAAGCCCGUCAAGACACUGACAACCAAGGAGCGGAAGAAGUCUCGUUUCGGUAACGCUUUCCAUCUGAUGCGUGAAAUUCUGCGCCUCACCAAGUUGAUUGUUGACGCGCAAGUUCAGUAUCGACUGGGCAAUAUUGACGCGUUCCAGCUGGCUGACGGCAUUCUGUAUGCUUUCAACCACGUGGGCCAGUUGACUGGUAUGUAUCGUUAUAAGUACAAGUUGAUGCAUCAGAUCCGUUCUUGCAAGGAUUUGAAACAUUUGAUCUACUAUCGGUUCAACUCCGGCCCUGUUGGCAAGGGUCCUGGUUGCGGUUUCUGGGCUCCAGCAUGGCGCGUUUGGCUGUUCUUCAUGCGCGGUAUCAUCCCCCUUUUGGAGAGAUGGCUUGGAAACUUGCUCUCUCGUCAAUUUGAGGGUCGUCACAGCAAGGGAGUUGCCAAGACCGUCACCAAACAGCGUGUGGAGUCGCACUUCGAUCUGGAAUUGCGUGCCUCUGUCAUGGCCGACCUCAUGGACAUGAUGCCCGAGGGUAUUAAACAAAAUAAGGUCAAUACAGUUUUACAACAUCUUUCGGAGGCUUGGAGAUGCUGGAAGAGUAAUAUUCCCUGGAAGGUGCCCGGUCUCCCAGCGCCUAUUGAGAAUAUCAUCCUGCGAUACGUUAAGAGCAAGGCCGACUGGUGGAUUUCUGUCGCGCACUAUAAUCGCGAACGUAUCCGCCGCGGCGCCACAGUUGAUAAGACGGUUGCCAAGAAGAACCUGGGUCGACUGACUCGACUGUGGCUCAAAGCCGAGCAGGAGAGACAGCAUAAUUACCUGAAGGAUGGUCCCUACGUGUCUUCGGAAGAAGCCGUGGCGAUCUACACCACCAUGGUGCAUUGGCUUGAAUCCCGGAAGUUUUCACCAAUUCCGUUCCCGAGUGUCUCCUACAAGCAUGACACUAAGAUCUUGAUUCUUGCUUUGGAACGUCUUCGCGAAGCUUAUUCCGUCAAAGGGCGACUGAAUCAGAGUCAGCGAGAGGAGCUUGCUCUUAUCGAGCAGGCCUAUGAUUCUCCCGGUACUACACUGGCAAGAAUCAAGAGAUUCCUCUUGACCCAGAGAGCAUUCAAGGAAGUUGGGAUUGACAUGAAUGACAACUACAACAACAUCAACCCUGUCUACGAUGUGGAGCCAAUUGAGAAAAUUACCGAUGCCUACCUUGAUCAGUAUCUCUGGUACCAGGCAGAGCAGCGUCACCUUUUCCCUGCCUGGAUCAAACCGUCAGAUUCUGAAGUUCCCCCGCUGCUGACCUACAAGUGGGCUCAGGGCAUUAACAAUUUGUCCAACGUUUGGGAAACCGCUGAGGGUGAGACUAACGUCAUGAUUGAGACGGAGCUCUCGAAGGUCUAUGAGAAGAUCGAUCUGACCCUCCUGAAUCGGUUGCUGCGUUUGAUUAUGGACCACAACUUGGCGGACUACAUUACUUCGAAGAACAAUGUGCAGCUCAGCUACAAGGAUAUGAACCAUACCAACAGCUAUGGAUUGAUCAGGGGUCUGCAGUUCUCCGGCUUUGUCUUCCAGUACUAUGGCCUGAUGAUCGAUUUGCUCCUCCUCGGUCUUCAGAGAGCUAGUGAGAUGGCUGGUCCGCCACAGAGCCCGAAUGACUUCCUUCAAUUUAGAGAUCGUGCUGCGGAGACUAGACAUCCUAUCCGCUUGUACACUCGCUACGUUGACAAGAUCUGGGUGUUCUUCAGAUUCAACGCCGACGAAUCGAGAGACUUGAUCCAGCGCUUCCUGACGGAAAACCCUGACCCCAAUUUUGAAAACGUUAUUGGAUACAAGAACAAGAAGUGUUGGCCGCGUGAUUGCCGUAUGCGUCUUAUGAGGCACGACGUUAACCUCGGUCGCGCCGCAUUUUGGGAUUUGAAGAACCGCCUGCCAAGAUCCAUCACCACAAUUGACUGGGAUGAUACCUUUGCCAGUGUCUACAGCAAGGAUAAUCCAAAUUUGCUUUUCUCCAUGUGUGGAUUCGAGGUUCGCAUUCUGCCAAAGAUUCGCAACCAGAAUGAGGAGUUCUCGGUUAAAGAUAGUGUGUGGUCUCUUGUCGACAACACAACAAAGGAGCGCACAGCGCAUGCUUUCCUGCAAGUGACCGAAGAAGAUAUCCAGAAGUUCAAUAAUAGAAUCCGCCAGAUUCUUAUGUCUUCCGGCUCGACUACGUUCACUAAGAUUGCUAACAAGUGGAACACCGCUUUGAUCGCGCUCUUCACCUACUACCGUGAAGCUGCUGUCUCCACCGUCAACCUCUUGGAUACCAUCGUCAAAUGCGAGACCAAGAUUCAGACUCGUGUCAAGAUCGGUCUGAACUCCAAGAUGCCCUCGCGUUUCCCUCCUGCCGUGUUCUAUACACCUAAGGAGCUGGGAGGUCUGGGUAUGAUCUCGGGCUCUCAUAUCCUCAUCCCCGCUAGCGACAAGCGAUGGUCCAAGCAAACCGAUACAGGAAUCACUCACUUCCGAGCGGGUAUGUCUCAUGACGAGGAGACUCUGAUUCCUAACAUCUUCCGGUACAUCAUCCCGUGGGAGGCCGAGUUCAUCGACUCUCAACGGGUGUGGAUGGAAUACUCCCAGAAGCGCAUGGAAGCUCAGCAACAGAACCGUCGUCUGACUCUGGAGGAUCUGGAGGACAGCUGGGAUCGUGGUCUGCCUCGUAUCAACACCCUCUUCCAGAAGGAUCGGAGCACCCUCAGCUUCGACAAGGGUUUCCGCCUCAGAGCCGAAUUCAAACAAUACCAACUGAUGAAGAGCAAUCCAUUCUGGUGGACUAGUCAACGCCAUGAUGGUAAAUUGUGGAACCUGAACGCUUACCGCACGGAUGUCAUCCAGGCGCUGGGUGGUGUUGAGACCAUUCUGGAGCAUACCCUGUUCAAAGCAACUGCAUUCCCGUCUUGGGAGGGCCUCUUUUGGGAGCGAGCAUCAGGUUUCGAAGAGUCGAUGAAGUUCAAGAAACUCACCAACGCCCAGCGGUCCGGUCUGAACCAGAUCCCCAACCGUCGAUUUACCCUCUGGUGGUCCCCUACAAUUAACCGAGCCAAUGUUUACGUUGGUUUCCAGGUGCAAUUGGAUCUUACAGGUAUCUUCCUGCAUGGAAAAAUCCCCACCUUGAAGAUCUCAUUGAUCCAAAUUUUCCGUGCCCAUUUGUGGCAGAAGAUCCACGAAUCAGUGGUUAUGGAUCUGUGCCAGGUGUUUGAUCAAGAACUCGAGCAACUGGGCAUCGAGGCUGUGCAGAAGGAGACUAUUCAUCCGCGUAAGUCUUACAAGAUGAACAGUUCGUGCGCAGACAUCCUGCUCUUCGCCACGAACAAGUGGAACGUGACUAGGCCUUCCAUUCUGUUUGACACCAAAGACGUCUAUGAGCCUACGACGACCAACAAGUUUUGGGUUGAUGUGCAGCUGAGAUAUGGUGAUUACGAUUCUCACGACAUCGAAAGAUAUGUGCGCGCCAAGUAUCUUGACUACACCACCGAUAGCAUGAGCAUCUAUCCUUCGGCUACAGGUCUUAUGAUCGGCAUUGACCUUGCCUACAAUCUUUACUCGGCUUACGGACAGUACUUCCCCGGCCUGAAGACUUUGAUCCAGCAGGCCAUGGCGAAGGUCAUGAAGGCCAACCCCGCCCUGUAUGUGCUGAGGGAACGUAUCCGUAAGGGCCUCCAGCUGUAUGCCUCCGAGAGUAAUCAGGAGUUCCUCAACUCUCAAAACUACUCGGAGCUCUUCAGCCCGCAGAUCCAGCUGUUCAUCGACGAUACCAAUGUGUACCGUGUCACCAUCCACAAGACCUUCGAAGGAAACUUGACAACCAAGCCUAUUAACGGCGCCAUCUUCAUCUUCAACCCCCGAACCGGUCAAUUGUUUUUGAAGAUCAUCCAUACCAGUGUCUGGGCCGGGCAGAAGCGUCUUGGUCAGUUGGCUAAGUGGAAGACUGCAGAAGAAGUAGCAGCCCUUAUUCGGUCCCUACCCGUGGAAGAACAGCCCAAGCAGCUUAUUGUUACUCGGAAAGGUCUUCUGGAUCCUCUUGAAGUUCAUCUGCUCGAUUUCCCCAAUAUCUCCAUCCGUGCGUCUGAGCUGCAGUUGCCAUUCCAGGCUGCCAUGAAGGUUGAGAAGCUUGCGGAUAUGAUUUUGCGGGCGACCGAACCGCAGAUGGUACUGUUCAACCUGUACGAUGAAUGGCUGAAGUCAAUCUCUCCUUACACGGCUUUCUCUCGGUUGAUCCUGAUUUUGCGUGCUCUCCAUGUCAAUAUCGACAAGGCAAAGAUCAUUCUUCGACCUGACAAGACUGUUAUUACCCAGGAGCAUCACAUCUGGCCCACACUCUCAGAUGAGGAUUGGAUUAAGGUCGAAGUACAACUCCGCGACUUGAUCCUCAACGACUAUGGCAAGAAGAACAACGUGAACGUCCAGAGUUUGACGAGCAGCGAAGUCAGAGACAUCAUCCUAGGUAUGGAGAUCAGUGCGCCUUCCCUGCAACGGCAGCAGGCUGCGGAGAUCGAGAAGCAACAGGAGGAGCAGAAGCAGCUUACUGCUGUCACAACCAAGACGCAGAACGUCCGCGGCGAAGAGAUCAUUGUUACAACCACGUCCCAGUAUGAGCAGCAAUCAUUCGCAUCGAAGACUGAAUGGCGUACCCGGGCUAUUGCGACGUCGAACCUUCGCACGAGGGCCAACAACAUCUAUAUUUCCUCGGACGAGAUUCAAGAAGAGGGAUACACUUACAUCAUGCCCAAGAACAUCCUCCGGCGCUUCAUCACGAUCGCCGAUCUUCGUGUGCAGGUCGCUGGAUACCUUUACGGUACCUCCCCACCAGAUAAUGAUCAAGUGAAGGAGAUUCGCACCAUUGUCAUGAUUCCACAGGUCGGAAAUACCCGAGACGUGCAACUACCUCAACAGUUACCACAGCAUGACUACCUGAACGGACUUGAGCCGCUCGGUGUCAUCCACACCAUCUCUGGCAACGAGCCGCCUUACAUGACUGCCAUGGAUGUGACUCAGCACGCGCGUUUGAUGAAUGCCCAUCCUUCAUGGGACAAGAAGACCGUGACCAUGACAGUCUCCUUUACCCCUGGCUCUGUUUCCCUUGCCGCCUGGGGGUUGACCCCUCAGGGUUACAAGUGGGGAGCUGAGAACAAAGACAUCACAUCUGACCAACCGCAAGGGUUCUCCACCAGCAUGGGUCAGAAAUGUCAACUGUUGCUCAGCGACAAGAUUCGUGGUUACUUCCUUGUCCCGGAAGAUAAUGUGUGGAACUAUAGCUUCAUGGGAAGCGCCUUCGGCAGCGUUGAGAAGCGCCCAGUGUAUGUGAAAAUCGACACGCCACUGCGGUUCUACGACGAUCAGCACCGUCCGUUGCACUUCCAAAAUUUCGCUGAAUUGGAGGACAUUUGGGUUGACCGGUCCGAUAAUUUCGCAUGA